AUAAAAAAUUAAAUUGAUUUAAUUAGCUAUAUUCACUUUUAAUUUGUAAACUUCAUCCAAUAAGUAACAUUCGACUUUACACUCGUUAAGAGCUGUUACGUAACAGUCGUUAAAGAAGUUUCAUGUAAAAUUAGUGAUUUUGUGUAAUUAGUGAAAUGUCAUCCGUCAGUAAGAGUUUAAUGGGGGUGGUGUGCUUAGUUACUGGAGCCUCACGUGGUAUUGGUAAAGGGAUAGCCUUACAGUUAGGGGAGGCUGGGGCCACAGUUUACAUAACCGGCCGAAAAGCGACGAAGACAGAUGAAAAUCAGAAAAGUCCACUGGAGGAGACGGCCAUGGAGGUAGAGAAACGAGGUGGAACCUGUUUUCCGGUGGUCUGCGAUCAUAAGGAUGAUUUCCAAGUAGAUGCACUGUUUGAGAAGAUUAAAAAGGAGCAAAAUGGUCGAUUGGAUGUUCUAGUUAAUUGCGCUUUCUCCGCAUUCAAAUACAUCAAUGAUAACAUGGGCAAGCCAUUUUGGGAGUUGGACCCCUCUGAAUCAUGGGAUGAAGUAAACAGGGUGGCUCUAAGAAACUAUUAUCGGUGCUCAAGCCUGGCUGCUCGUUUAAUGGUACCAAGGAAAACUGGUUUAAUAGUUAACAUAUCUUCAGCAGGGGGGAUGUUCUACUUUCACAAUGUCCCAUAUGGGGUAGGCAAAGAGGGCUGUGAUAGAAUGGCUGCAGAUUGUUCUGUCGAAUUGAAGCCACAUAAUGUUGCAUUUGUCAGUAUUUGGCCUUGCCCCGUUAUGACUGAGUCAGUGAAGGAAACACUCGACUCGACAGAGCAGUCAUUCCUGCGCGAUAAGAUCCUGGAAAUCACAACGCAAGACAGAUACGAGAGCCAGGAAUUUACUGGAAUGGGAAUAGCUCGCUUAGCUUCCGAUCCCAAGGCUAUAUCAGUUACUGGAAAAGUUUUGCUAUCCAUCGACCUAGCAAAGAAAUACGGAUAUAAGGAUAGGAAUGGCAAGAUGCCCCUCGAUUAUAGAUCCAUUUCCGAUCUGAUGUCGGCCAAACAUCCGUACGUUGCUAAGGUCAUUCCGGGUUUUGUGAGAGUCCCAAAGUGGAUGUUUGCCAUGCCCGGGAAUAAGUUUUGA